GCCUCCUUGCCUCCUCUCUGUCUUUUGUGCAAUACAUUUACUUUUUCCUUCUUACUUUUUCCUUCCUGAGGAAGGAAAGAGAAGCAAACCCUUUAAAUUUUCCCUCCAAGAGCUCGAACAAUUUCUUUCUCCUCGAUGAAGGCUUUCAAAUUUUGAAUCCCAAAUUCUCUCUCUGUGCUUGUUGUUGCUCUAGCAUUUGUCAAGUGGCCGUUCCCCCGCCGUCUCCUGACAAAGCACAUUAUGGCCGCCCCUGCUCCAGCCAAGGAAGAGGAGAUCUAGAAGAUUGGGAAGCUCAACUCGGUGCUGGAGGAGCAGGCGAAGUUGCUGUGCAUGCAGAGCCAGAUUUGGAGGGACCUCGACCGGGCCAACGAGGCCACCACCAACGCCCUCCACACUAACCUCAAGCAGGUCCUAGCGCAGGUCAGCAAGGAUGACCACCCUUGCCGUCGCUGACGAAGCACAUUAAGGCUGCCCCUGCUCUGGCGCUCGCUCACUUCUCUCUCCACGCUCGUUAUUGCAUACGAGUCCAAGUUAGAGCAUUCCUCAGACCAAUAAGUCAUGGCCGUAGAGAUAAGUAUGCAAGAGAGUGGUUUCUGGAGACACAGGCUGCAGAGAUUGGAAGCGAUGUUGACGCAAGACUCCGUCUCGUGCGAUGAGACCACGACCCAGGAGCUAUUCACUGCUGCAAAACAAGGCGAUGCGGACGAAUUCGUCCGAGUCGUAGAACGUUGCUGUUCCGAGCGCAAUCUACGUCUGUGCCUGCGGGCCAUUCUGAGCCCCUCCCGAAAUUCGUUGCUCCAUGUCGCUGCGGGCCUCGAGAGAGACGAGAUCCUGAGAGCCAUCAUCAGCCACUUUCCCGACCAGGCUGUGGCCGGGAAAAAUUGCAGGGGAGACACCCCACUUCACUUGGCCGCCAGGGCCGGAAGGGCCCCGCGGCCCGGGUGCUCAUUGGCCGAGCAUCGGACGUUGGUGGGUGCGAGAUGCGGCGGGCUCUCGUUCAAGUGAAGAAUGAGAGGGGAAACACCCCCCUGCAUGAGGCCGUUGUGAACGGCCACCUUGGCGUGGCUCGGAUCUUGAUAGGUGAGGACCUGCGACCCAUAUAUUUGGAGAACAAGCAAGGUAAAUGUCCGAUGUAUCUGGCCGUCGAGAGUGGCGACUUGGAGGUUCUCAAGCUUCUGUUGGCAGUGCCGCUGGAUCCAUCAAGGAUUCAAGGCGUGUCGCCCGUUCAUGCGGCUGUCUUACACGGCAAACUAGGCAUGCUACAGGAAAUAUGUGGGAGAAAUCGACGAUUGUUUGAGUUGAAAGAUGAUAGACGAGGCACCCCCUUCAUUUGGCAGCAUAUAUCAAUUACUGUGAUGGCAUCAAAUUCCUACUUAGAGAAUUCACCUCAAGUGCAGUUGAAUAUGAUAGAGACGGCCAUUUUCCGAUUCACGUUGCUUGUAAGGAGGGUCAUGUUGAAGCAAUGAAGGAGCUGCUUCGGCAGUGGCCAGAUCCCACGGAGUUGAUCAAUCGACAUGGACAAAACAUCCUUCAUAUCUGCGCCAAGCAUGGAAGAAUCCGGGCAUUGAGGUACAUACUUGGGAAUGCCAACCUAGAGAAGCUCAUCAACGAGAGAGACAAUGACGGGAACACUCCUCUGCAUUUGGCCACAUUGCCGUGGCACCCCGUCGUUCUGCUUGAUCUCGUGCUGGACAAAAGAGUUGAUUGCAAGCUUCUCAACAACGAAUGCUUGACGGCUCUUGACAUUGCGACAGAGCAAAUCAAAAGAACGGAUACUACGCUUCAAAAGAGAUUACCCUCAAUGAUUUUGAAAUCUGCCGGGGCACCUACAAGUAAAGAUUUGGCUAUCUAUAAGUCAAGAAAUCAAGAAAUUAUGGCGGAAUUUACAGUCCUUGCUCUCCAAACCGGAGGUAUAUUGAGGGGACAGGCAAAUGCUCAAACUAUCGUCGCCACGCUAGUGGCAACCGUGACCUUUGCGGCUGGUUUUGCGGUUCCUGGAGGUUUCGUUGAGAGUUCUCAACCUAACCAGGGAACGGCUACACUGCUGAACAGGCAUAUGUUCCAGGCCUUUGUCAUUUGCAACACCAUCGCAAUGUACAGUGCCAUAGGUGUGGUUAUCAUGUUGUCUUGGGCACAAUUGAAUGACUCUUACGUUGCUCUAACUGCCCAUAUAAUUGCAAUAAAAUGGCUGUUGGUAGCUCUCGGAACAAUGUCCGUAGCAUUUAUGGCUGGUGGCUAUGUGCUCGUAAGCAAAUGCACCUGGCUCGCCUCUCUUGUCCUGUUGAUUGGAGCUAUUGCCCUAUACCAUAUCUGUGCUCUGUACAUGGCAAUGUACGUUCCUUUCGUGGUAAAUAUGCGCUAUUUCAACUGCAUAGCCUUCCAUAUCAUCCGCCUAGGAGUCGCAAUAUCGAGAAUUUUUCGUUUCCCCGAUGUCCUGCAAGAUGAAGACUUGCGACCUGCAGGCAUGAAUGGAACAAGGACAACGGUGGCGUUGAAUGUGAAUGGCCCGGCCACUUUGCCUCCAUCCAAUGGCACUUAGCCUUGCCGAUGGAUUCGAGGCGAACUUUUAUUAAAGGUCGCCUAUCUUCUCCACUUUGAGCUUCUUUGCUUCACACGUAGUCGCGUGGUCAAGUUUCAGGAAUUCUGUUGCAAUUGAUGGGGACAGCCUUCUCUUUACUUUUGUUUGACCAUGGAAAAACCGCACCGUCGUUGCUUGCAUCGACUGGGUGGUAAAUAAUGGAGACGCCGAUAUUUCAGUCUGUCAUUAGACAUCUUCCGGUAUUCGGAUGUGCAGCUAUCGGUCUACUUGG